UUUACAUACUAGAUGUAGAAGAAGAUCAUGUAGAUUGAUAAGGUCGAGUGAAAAAUACAAGUACUUACAUGCUGUUAGAACACCUCAUCCGGCACGCAAUCCAGUCUGCUUUAGCCGACUCGCUCUUCACGACGGUUUCAUCCGCACUAAGCAGGCAUGUCAGCGCUUCUUGAAGAAGGCGUCGUCCUGCGAUUGUGUGGGAGUAAGGAGGAUAAGGGCCGCAGUAAAACAGAGGACGAGCAGCAGGAAAACAUGUCGGGGGAAGACGCUGCUACCCACAACGUAUGGGGAGUCAUCGUUUACAACGUUUGCGCUGCGCUUGCCAUUGGCACGGCCAUCGGACCCUUCUUCGAAAAGUAUGUGCUGCAGGUGCAACAGGCGUCGGAACCCGAAAAAGCCAAUGCAACUGUGGGGUUCUGCGAGAGUCUUUAUGUUCAGAUCAAGAACAGGUUAAGUACUUUGAACUAUCAUCUAGUAAAUCCAAUAAAAAAUCGGAAUCCAAUUCUAUUCGAAGAUAAACUCGCGUGCAUGACGAGAGUGAGACUACAAAUACGCAACUAGUAGCCAAAAAAUCCAAUACCGAUUCUAGACCCGAAAAAGAUCCAGUUUUGAAGUAGUACUAUGACUCUCAUAUUAUGCGACCAUGCUAGAAUGGAGUCAGUUGCAAAUAUUCUGUAAAUCUUUGUCGACCAUCAACGACUUCAGGUUCAGAGUUAUUUCUGCCCUCCUAGGCUUUUGUUCUACUUCUUCUUCUGUUCUUUCAUUAUUUUUUCGGGCUGUCCCAGCUGAUGAUGUUUUGGCCGGUGGGUGUCAUCGUCGAUAAGUAUCCAGAGAAGAGGCACAUUUUGGCGCGUUGGAUUUCCCGUGUGGGUCUAGGAGCUGUUCUUCUCUUAGCGGUUGCAUUCUACUCGGAAAACUUAAACUUUAUCUAUUUCGGUUUGCUGACACUCGGCGUCUUCUACGAGGGUCUCACAAGCAGUUCAGAGACGCUUUUUGCUGAUUCAGUGGAGCUGCUUAGCCAAGAUUUGAGUACUUACCUUACUUGAUUUCCGUACCUUCUAAGAAGCCACGCAGGCGCACGUGCGGAGGUGCCUACUCCUAUCCCGUUGGUAGGAUUGGGCGCGUGGCUUCGCCUGCGAGGAAGCUCUCCGAGUCUGUGGGGCGGCGCUUCGUGGACUCCCGUGGAGGUACGACUGACACGGUUGCAGUAUUGAAAGAAACCACGGGCAAGCGUGUAGGGGCGUGCAAGUAUGUAUCUAGCCACAUAGGCGAGUGGGGUGAUAGGCGCUAGCCUUUCGGGGGCGGGCGCCCUCGAUAUGAUCACGCCGAUGGCGUUCGCUCCCAUAGCGCACCUGCUUUCCGCAGUGACAGACUGGCUGCCAGAGGGAGAAUAGCCAAAGGGAGGAGCUUGGAGAAAAAGCCAGAGCAGCCACGCAGCCCGCCGAAUGUGGGCAGUCAGUCGGUGCGAUUAGCCAACUGAACCCCGCCAGUGUUCCAAAGUGCGGAGCUACGCUGGGUCCCGGUGGGCCUAGGAGCUCGGCGAGCUGGAGCCGGCAGGGGAAGGAAGCCAAUUCCCAUGCCGCCGGCUUUGGAGAUAGCAUCAUCGGCACCAGGCCAAUCCCAACGCAAUCAACAGCGGGGACAGCAUGCGAGGCACAUCGUGAAAGAAGUUGCGGCGAAAAUGGAGAGAGCGGCCCGGCCAGGUCCGUCAUCCGUCUCCGUGGUCUCUGCCGCCUGCUCUCGCUCAGUGCGUCGCGUGUCGUAUCAGGUCGCUGGGUCGGUCUUGCUAUGCGUGUGCACGUCGGUCAGUGCCAGCGCCUUGGCUUCUUUGCUGAAGUUGGCAAAGGAAGCAUGCAAGAAAGUGACAGGGGCAAACUGGCCUCAUUCUGGGAGUGGGUGGCGGUGGCAAGUCUUCACCUGGGCUCAUCGCUUUGGAAAAGUCUGGCUGCAAGCAUGCAGGCGACGUGGGAGCAGCGUGAUCGGGGUGCGGGGCUCUGCUGCUUGCUCCUUAUGUAGCGGAGAGCAGGGCGGGGAGCGCCUUCCCGCCACAGGCUUAGCAAGAGUUAGAGUAAUAAGGGUAACUAAGCGCCGACGCCUGCCAAGGCCAAGGCAUGGAUGGAAGGGCUUUUUUUGUUGUAGCGGGUUUGCGUGUUUCGGUAUGUUCUGCUGCCAGUGCAACGAGCUUACUUCCGCGCUCCCAGUUGGUGGCCUUGUUGUCAUAUUACAUAGUCUAUCAGAUUUUUCACCGAUUGUGCGUCUGUGUCUUUUUUUCUCCUUGUUCUUAAGUUUUUCUAUCGUACGUAGGCGUGAUGGAGUCUAACAUUGAUGCCCACUUUCGCAUGCACAUUAUUCCACCCAGUCACUGACGAAGAGCGUUCGAAGCGAAGCGCGUUAUGGUUCACACGCAAGAUGUUGGCUCAAUAUUUUGGAGUCGCUUUUGCCCCUUUGAUCGCGAUCGGGUGUGUGGAGUAUUUCCGACGGUGUGUAUCUCCGGAGGUGUUUGUGACUCCUUCCGAGUUUGCGGAGGAGCUACAUGUAGAGUUAAGGCGCUUUAUAUAUAUAAUCUCGAAAAAUUCUAGAGUAUUCUAGAGUGGUAGAGGGAAUUAGAUCACGACCAACAACUGUGGAUUAUAUGUUGUUGUUUGAGCAACAAUAAACUUUUUGAAAAAGAAGACCCUCUCGUUCUUCUACUAGUCCCGCAACUAAAACUAUCUAGCAAUACAUAGCAUUUCAUCUUCUGAUGUUUAAUAGUGUCACACUGUCGCUGCAUUAUAGCAUUUCAUCUUCUAAUGUUUAGCGUCCCACCGUCGCUGGACCCAACAACCGGAGAGCCAGUAACGCAGUACUGGAACAUGAACCUUGUUCAGGGAAUCCUGUUUCUGGGUCUCGCUUGCUUGCUUCCCGCAGUCUACAAGGUGUCAAGUCUCCGCGCCAUCGGCAAGAUUGCGAAAAAGCCAGAAGAAAAAGCACAAGUAGAUGUCGAAGUCGCAAACCCUGCACUGAAGGAAAAACUGCUACCUUCGGACGAGAAAGCAGAAACUGCUUCAGUGGUAGGUGAAGGUGUACAACAAGUGGAUGGCAAAGAUGAGAAGGACGUCGUGGGGCAAGAUGAAGAACAAGGAGAAUCUUCUAUCAACUUGAUGCAGUUUCCUAGUGCGACGAGCAAGGUGCCGUAUGUAAUAGCUGUUGCUGAUUUUGCACAAUGCAUUGGCGCUGGGAUGACCUUCAAGUACUUUAACCUCUUCUUCAUUCAAGAUUUCGGUUUUGGUCCCAAAGCCAUCUGCGUUCUACAAUUAUGUUGAUGGAAUCUACUUGUGUCGCAGCUAUGUAUCCGCUAUAAUAACGAAGACGAACUAGAUUCUCGUUUGUCCUAGUCCUGCCUGCUAAGAACAUCUAGGUUGUUACAACAUACAAGUAAGAAAAACCGACACCGACUAAACAUUUUGUCGCUUCUGAACAAGAAUUAGAUAUACCUUAUCCAUAGCCUCUUCCUCGGCCUCUCUAAUGCUGAUCGUGUAUCCUGUGUGUAUGAUGCUCUGUGUGGAGCUGUGUAAUCGCUUGCUGCUACCAGUAGUGAAGAACCAUCGCGCAAAAGUGAGCAUGAUCUGUCGCCUCUGCGCCAUCGUUGGCCUCUGGCUCAUAGGCGGUGCGUUUCCUUUUAAUGCUUCUCCGGUGGAGCAUACGACUGUCGUGGCUGUGGAUCAGGUAGCAAACAGUCAGCUAAGCCUGAUUGAGGGUCUCCGGAACAGAGACACCAGUAGCACGGCGCUGAUUGAAGGGUCCUCGUCAUUAUCACAGCCGCGACUGCUUCUGCAACGAGGUGGACAAGAACAGGAAGCAACCACAACAUCAUCAUGGGACUACUUCGGGAUGCUCUUCACAUCUCCUCCAGCUUUUGGAAAAUCUUCAACAAGAACUAGUGGAAAUCUCAUACAACUUGCAGAAUCAUCAGAAGCAGAACAAGCUCAAGCACAAGAAAAUCUUCCUUCAGAACUACAAGCACAAGAAUUAUAUGAAAAACUUCCUUCCAACUCUAGCGCCGUCAACGUCGACCAACUACCCUUUCUCGCUUCGCUGACCUACAAUAUGGAAGCAGUGUUGGUCAUCUUUCUAGUUACCGGGUCCUUCGCAAUGACCACACCUGGAUUCGAUAAAAGCAUUCUGAUGGACGCUGUGUCGACUGAGAACCGUGGCAAAUGGAACGCUUUGCUGUCCUUCAAUGGCUUUGCAUUUCGGGGUAGUGCACUUUUCGGAGGUGUGUUGGCUGACGGCCACAGUGGCGACUAUCGACCUGCAUUCACCUACGCGGCAGGCCUCUACGUCGUCAGCUCCAUCCUCUACGCACCGCUGCUCUAUCUGGUGAAGAAGUAGUAAUCAUGAAUAAGGAGUAGAAAAUAUUCAAAUAUAUGCAUCUGAUGUGGAACAUUGUUGGGCGCUGCCUGCUUCUGACAAGUGGAUUUUUUGAAAUAUGGCUUGUUGCUGUGGAAUUGUACUUUAAAAGGAGCGGAUGAGAGUAAGAGUACGUCACGUAGUCGAGCAGCAGGAACAUGACGAACAUGACUAUCGUGUAUAGCUGUUGACCUCCAGCAGGACCACCUCGUUCUUUCCGAGUGCAAGCGACGACACAUAAGUACUUUGCCCUAGUAAAAUGCCUUGGGUGAAGAUGACUGGCAUUCAUACGGCGAUUGUCCGAGAUUAGACGCGUCUUUUACAGCGUGUCUGCUUUCUCCUAAUGAUGAACAGCAGAAAAUUACAUUUUCAUUUCCAGACAAUGGAAGAACCUGAAACAAGUUAGUUGUGUGUGUACGUGGAAAGUUUUCUCAUGAAGUCAUACAUUGGUCUAAUAUGUUCGUAUCAAGUAUCUUCAAGACUAGUAGUCUCAGUCUGUUGAGAUGAUCAUG